AUGGCUCUCAAGGGGAUAUUACUACUUUUAAUAAUUACUACUAAUAUUAUGCCACAUUCUGUCUAUUCGGCUAGACAAAUCAUACCCCUAAUUCCGGGAUCUGGUCUCCAAGCCAGGCUCGAAUCCAAUGGGAACACGCUCGACUGCUGGACCGCACUAACCGAGAUAAGAUCGUGCUCGAACGAGAUUAUGACUUAUUUCUUGAAUGGUGCUAUUGAUAUUAGUCCUACAUGUUGCCAAGGCAUAAGCGUGAUAACACACGAAUGCUGGCCUACCUUGUUGACUACCCUCGGAUUUACUCCGGAUGAAACCUACGUUUUACGAGGAUACUGUGAUGCCUCGAGCACUAGUUCGACAAAAACCGGACCUGUUUCGAGUCCGUUAGUGUUGCCUUUAUCUGCUGCCAUGAUCAAUUAG